AUGCAGCUGACUGAUGGACAUGUAAUUGAUUCGGUGAUAGAAAUCGUGGGCAUCCCAGUCACCUUUGCCUUGUGCCAAGAGAUAGUCGGUGUGGUAGGCAGAAUUGCCAACGUCGGUGAACACGGAACCAAAGAGAACUUGCAUCUGGAGAGAUUAUGGGACGAUCGGAACAUCGGUAUCCACAUGUCGCUGGUGAAUGCCACGACGACAUCUCGUCUUUUACGGCUUGUGGAAUCUGGAGCAUUUGAUGCCGGUUCGCGUGUUACUCAUCAUAUGCUUCUGAGAUGUGCUACGAAAGCCCUGGAGACUAGUUUGUAA